AUGGAGAUGUUCAUACAGUCCGAGAAUUAUCAAGUCUGGCGAGCUAUCGAAGUAGGAGAUUACGAGGUAACCAAGACCAAUGCAGAAAAUGAGGUAAUUCCUAAACCUAUCUCUGAAUAUGAUAGAAAUGACUUUGAGAAGAAAGAGAUUAAUGCUACUGCUAAAAAACUCCUAGUUUGGGGUUUAGGGCCAGAUGAACACACUCGUGUUAUGGGAUGUAAAACAGCAAAAGAAAUAUGGGAUUUACUAGAAAUAACCCACGAAGGAACUCAUGAAGUCAAACGUUCUAAAAUUGAUAUACUGCUUUCUAAAUAUGAACGUUUUGAAAUGGGUUCAAAAGAAACUAUUCAAGAAAUGUUUACUCGUUUUAAAAAUAUUACUAAUGAAUUAGUUUCUCUUGGUAGAGUUGUUCCUAUGGAUGAACAUGUACGCAAAAUUCUAAGAAGCCUUCCUCAAGAUGAACGGUGGAGAGCCAAAGUGGCUGCUUUGCAGGAAUCAAAGGACUUUUUAACCUUUAACCUUGAACAACUUGCAGUUGCCCAACCAAGUGAUGAGGAUUCCGAAUCUGGAGAGGAAGAAGCUGCCAUGCUAGUCAGGAAGUUAAAAAAGCUGUACCGCAAUAAAAGGUUUGGUGACCAAAAGAAAAGGAACUUCAAGAAGAACCAAUACUCCAAGGAAACAGGAGGUUGCCACAAAUGUGGGAACACAGAUCACUUCAUCAAGGAAUGCCCUCUCUGGGAAUCAGAAAAAGGAAAAGGCAAAAUGAAGGAACACGGAAAAUCUAAUACUCCUAACUUUUCAAAAUCUGAUUACAGGAAAGCCAUGAUAGCUGCGUGGGGAGACACAAGUUCUGAGGAUGAAGAAGAAUCCACGGAAGAAGAAACUGCAAACCUGUGUUUGAUGGCUAAACACAGUGAAAGGUCAAAGGAGGUAAAUCUCGAACCUAAAUUUCUGAAAUCCCUGUCAAAAGACAAAUUAAUUUCUUUGCUCAUAGAAACAUUGGAUGAAUAUAAAGAAAUAUGUCUUAAACUUGGACAAAAUGAAAAAGCUCUAGAAAUCUAUAAGGAUCAUAUGAAAUAUUUGAAUAGUUCAAGAACAGAUGUUCAGGGAAGAUUCUUUGAUUUGCUAGAUAGAAAUACUAUGCUUAAAGAAACACUGGAAAGAGUCAAAAAUGAAAAUAUCAUGUUAAAUGUUGAAUUGACUCAGUAUAAAUUGCUAUGCACUAACAUUGAUUCUAAUAAUGCUCUUCAAUUGCCUUUAGUAACCUUUAAUGAUGAUCUUGAAAAUUUGAAAAAAAAAUUGCAGGUUACUAAAGACAAAAAUGAGUUCCUUGAAAAGGAUCUAGAAAGAGCAAGAAACAAUGAGAGUGUAAUCCACAUGGGAGUUCCAAAGUGGAUACUUGAAGCUCAAACCAGAAGGACAGAAGGUUUGGGUUUCAACCACAAAAAGAAGAGUAGUAGUAAAAAGAAAAACUAUGUGGAACUUCCUAGUGAGACUGUGUGUUCCUUCUGUGGCAAGUCAGGACACAAAGAUACUGAAUGCAAAAGAAAGGAACUUAAGUCCACUAAAAAUAUAGUUUAUGUAUGGCAAAAGAAAAAUGAGUCUGCUGUAUCAACGAAGGAACCCAUGAAAGAUGGGGUUCCUGAAUCUAACCCUUACAUCAUUCAGAAUGACACUGGGAAAGUUUUGCUGGAAGGAACUCGGAAAGGGAACACUUAUACAGUGGAUCUCAAUACAGUUCCGAGGAACAACUUAACUUGCCUCAGUGUCAUUGAGGAUGAUCCUUUACUGUGGCAUAAACGUUUUGGUCAUGCAAGUUUCUCUUUGAUUGAUAAAUUAAGAACAAGGAACUUGGUAGAGGGACUUCCUUCAAUCAAGUUCCUAUGUGACAAAAUCUGUGAUGCUUGUGUGAAAGGAAAACAGGUCAGAUCAUCCUUUAAAUCCAAGAAAAUGGUGAGUUCCACGAAACCUUUAGAGUUAAUUCAUAUGGAUUUGUGUGGUCUUAUGAGGAUUCAAAGUAGAAGUGGAAAGAAGUAUGUCUUAGUAAUUGUUGAUGAUUAUUCUAGAUUCACAUGGGGAACAAGGCUUAAGUCAUAA